AUGUUGUACAAGUGAGUUGAAAAAUGUUUGUCUCUUUAUUGUUCGAAAGAUCAUUUUUUGCAGAAAUUUGGUAAAACAAAAUCUCGUGGGUUCUUCGGAACCAAAAAAUGAGAAACAAUGUCAUUUGGAUGAUCUCCACAGUCAAGUGUAUUAUUCGUGAGUUUUCUUCUAGAUCGAAUUUAGUUUUAAAAUUGUUUCUGCAGACAUCAAUCAAAUUUGAGAAUGUUGGCAUUGGUUACUUCUCUCGUCAUGUUUGUGAUCUAUCUUCAACUCAACACUCAAAAAGCCGUUGUCACUAAUAACUUGGAACAAUCAAAUAGAUUCCGUUCUUACAAACCAACUGAAAUGGAUCUUGAAAAAAUCACGAAAGAAUUUUCGGAUUAUUCAGAAAAAUAUCAAAAGAAACAUGACAAUGACAAAGAAAGCAUGAAACGAUUGAAUGCCUAUCACACAACAUCGGAAAAUAUCAAAGAAUGGCAAAAGUCAGAUGAACAUGGUAAUGUUGAAUAUGGACACAACGAUUUGUCAGAUUGGACUGAUGAAGAAUUCGAGAAAUCACUCUUGCCAAAAUCAUUUUAUCAGAGACUUCACAAAGAAGCUGAAUUCAUCAAACCUAUUCCAGAAUCACUUGCAAAUAUGGAAGGUUUGUUGCAUGAAAAAGAAAUCAGUUUUGUAAAGCAUGAUAUUCCCAAAUUCAGUUCAACAUAUUGGAUGUAAAAUUUCAAAAUCCAUAAAUUUCCGUUAUUAUGACAGUCAGAUUACGUUUUCAUUUUAGCUCAAAUAAAACACCCAAAAUCAGAUUCCUUGUAUGAUAAAAACCAAUGAUGUUUACGGAAACAUUAUUUUGUAAGGUCAACAGAUAGUCUGAAACAAAAAAUGUUUGCUAAAAUUAGCAUGUUUACAAAAAUACUAUGUUGUUAGGACAAAAUAAUUUCAUGUUAUCAGUGAGAAAUAAAAAAAAAUAGUUUCAUAAACAAAGGUGUCAUUGAUGAAAUGAUGUGAGAUUUUCUGCAAAAUAAUUUUCUGGUUGAAACAAUUCAAAAAAGACUAAUAAUUUCAGGAAAUUCCGGAGCAUACCCAGACUUCUUUGAUUGGCGUGAUCGAAAUGUUGUAACUCCAGUAAAAGCUCAAGGCCAAUGUGGAAGUUGCUGGGCAUUUGCCUCAACAGCCACUGUUGAAGCCGCUUGGGCCAUUUCUCACGGUGGAGAGAAACGUAAUUUGUCCGAACAAACUUUGUUGGAUUGUGAUUUGGAUGAUAAUGCAUGUGAUGGUGGAGAUGAAGAUAAAGCCUUUAGGUUAGUCUAUGAUUUCGACGAAAUCUAUCUGUUUAUCUGAAUAUGAAAUUUCAAUUUAAGAUACAUUCAUCGUAAUGGAUUGGCUUACGCCGCUGAUUUGCCAUACGUUGCUCACCGUCAAAAUACUUGUUCAAUUGCAUCUUCCUGGAACACUACCAAAAUCAAGGCUGCUUAUUUCCUUCACCACGAUGAAGAAUCAAUGAUCAACUGGCUCAUCAACUUUGGACCAGUUAACAUUGGUAUUUUUCAAUUGUUUUUCAAAUUAAUUCAAUGUUUUUAAUUCAGGAAUGGCUGUUAUUCAACCAAUGCGAGCUUAUAAAGGAGGAGUUUUCAAACCAAGUAAAUAUGCGUGUGAAAAUGAAGUGAUUGGAUUGCACGCUUUGUUAAUUACUGGAUACGGAACAAGUGAACAAGGAGAAAAAUAUUGGAUUGUCAAAAACAGUUGGGGAAAUACUUGGGGAGUUGAACAUGGUUAUAUUUAUUUUGCUCGUGGUAUCAAUGCUUGCGGAAUUGAAGAUGAACCAAUUGGUAUUUUGGCAUAA